AUGCUCGUGAGGAAAGUGCCCGGCUUCGUCCCGGCCUCCCCGUGGGGGCUGCGGCUGCCGCAGAAGUUCGUCUUCCUCCUCUUCCUCUCCGGCCUGGUCACCCUGUGCUUCGGGGCCCUGUUCCUGCUGCCCAACUCGUCUCGCCUCAAGCGCCUCUUCCUGGCCCCUCGGACCCAGCAGCCCAGCCUGGAGGCAGUGGCCCAAGUCGCCAGCCACCCGCGGGCCCGCGGACAGGAGUCACCUCCCAACCCGGCCCCCGCGGCUCCAGCCCCCGGCGAGGAUGACCCCGGCAGCCAAGCCAGUUCCCGGCGCAGGAAAGGCUGGCUGCGCCGCACGCACCCCACCGGACACCGGGAGGAGGCCACGGCGACCCGGGGCGGCGGCGCCACGGCCCUCAGACCCCAGGAGGGGAGCGUCCCCUCUAGCUUUGACUUCAAGGCGUUCCGGAGCCGCCUUCGCCACCCGGUCCUGGGGACUAGGGCCGACGGGAGUAAGGAGCCCCAGAGCCUAGUUCAGACCCAGCGGGAGAAAAUCAAGGAGAUGAUGCAGUUCGCCUGGCAGAGCUACAAGCGCUACGCGAUGGGGAAAAACGAGCUCCGGCCCCUCACCAGAGACGGCUACGAGGGCAACAUGUUCGGAGGCCUCAGCGGGGCCACGGUCAUCGACUCCCUCGACACCCUCUACCUCAUGGAGCUGAAGGAGGAGUUCCAGGAGGCCAAGGCCUGGGUUGAAGAGAGCUUCCACUUGAACGUGAGCGGAGAAGCGUCCUUGUUCGAAGUGAACAUCCGGUACAUUGGAGGACUGCUCUCAGCCUUCUACCUGACGGGAGAGGAGGUGUUCCGGAUAAAGGCCAUCAAGCUGGGAGAGAAACUCCUGCCAGCCUUCGACACCCCCACGGGAAUCCCAAAAGGCGUGGUGAACUUCAAAAGCGGCUCCAACAGGAGCUGGGGCUGGGCCAUGGCAGGGAGCAGCAGCAUCCUGGCGGAGUUUGGGUCCCUGCACUUGGAGUUCUUACACCUCACCCAGCUCUCUGGCAACCAGGUCUUCGCAGAAAAGGUCAGGAACAUCCGAAAGGUCCUUCGGGAAAUUGACAAGCCCUUCGGCCUCUACCCCAACUUCCUCAGCCCAGUGAGCGGGAACUGGAUGCAACACCACGUCUCGGUUGGAGGACUCGGGGACAGUUUUUAUGAAUAUUUGAUCAAGUCCUGGCUGAUGUCGGCCAAAACAGAUAUGGAAGCUAAAGAUAUGUACUACGAAGCCUUGGAGGCAAUAGAGACCCACUUGGUGAAUGUCUCUCCCGGGGGGCUGACCUACAUCGCCGAGUGGCGAGGGGGGAUCCUGGACCACAAGAUGGGGCACCUGGCCUGUUUCUCCGGGGGCAUGAUCGCCCUUGGCGCUGAGGAUGCCAAGGAAGAAAAGAGGGCCCACUACCGAGAGCUCGCAGCCCAGAUCACCAAGACGUGCCACGAGUCGUACGCCCGCUCAGAUACCAAACUGGGGCCCGAGGCCUUCUGGUUUAACUCGGGCAGAGAGGCCGUGGCCACGCAGACGAGCGAGAGCUACUACAUCCUACGGCCGGAGGUGGUGGAGAGCUACAUGUACCUGUGGCGGCAGACCCACGACCCCAUCUACAGGGAGUGGGGCUGGGAAGUGGUGAUGGCCUUGGAGAAAUACUGUCGGACGGAAGCUGGGUUCUCUGGGAUCCAGGACGUGUACAGUAAGGUUCCCAACCACGACAACAAGCAGCAGACGUUCUUUCUGGCGGAGACUCUAAAGUAUCUCUAUCUUCUGUUCUCUGAAGAUGACAUGCUCUCCCUGGAAGACUGGGUAUUCAACACAGAGGCCCACCCACUCCCUGUGAACCACUCGGACAGCUCCGGCCGGGGCGGGGGCUGA